AUGGAACAUAUUAGUGCUAGAGGCAUCCGUGUGAUGCAGGAGGUGCGGCAGGUGCGGCAGGUGCGGCAGGUACGGCAGGUGCAGCAGGUGCGGCAGGUGCGGCAGGUGCGGCAGGUGCGGCAGGUGCGGCAGGUGCGGCAGGUGCGGCAGGUGCAGCAGGUGCGGCAGGUACGGCAGGUGCGGCAGGUGCGGCAGGUGCGGCAGGUGCAGCAGGUGCGGCAGGUACGGCAGGUGCGGCAGGUGCGGCAGGUACGGCAGGUACGGCAGGUGCAGCAGGUGCGGCAGGUGCGGCAGGUACGGCAGGUACGGCAGGUGCAGCAGGUGCGGCAGGUGCGGCAGGUACAGCAGGUGCAGCAGGUGCGGCAGGUGCGGCAGGUGCGGCAGGUACGGCAGGUGCGGCAGGUGCAGCAGGUGCAGCAGGUACAGCAGGUGCAGCAGGUGCGGCAGGUGCGGCAGGUACGGCAGGUACGGCAGGUGCAGCAGGUGCAGCAGGUGCGGCAGGUGCAGCAGGUGCGGCAGGUGCGGCAGGUGCGGCAGGUACAGCAGGUGCGGCAGGUACGGCAGGUGCAGCAGGUGCAGCAGGUGCAGCAGGUGCAGCAGGUGCGGCAGGUGCGGCAGGUGCGGCAGGUGCAGCAGGUGCGGCAGGUGCAGCAGGUGCGGCAGGUGCGGCAGGUACGGCAGGUGCGGCAGGUGCAGCAGGUACAGCAGGUGCGGCAGGUGCGGCAGAUACAGCAGGUGCGGCAGGUGCAGCAGGUGCAGCAGGUGCAGCAGGCACAGCAGGUGCAGCAGGUGCAGCAGGUACAGCAGGUACAGCAGGUGCGGCAGGUGCGGCAGGUACGGCAGGUGCGGCAGGUGCAGCAGGUGCGGCAGGUGCAGCAGGUGCGGCAGGUGCGGCAGGUGCAGCAGGUGCGGCAGGUGCGGCAGGUGCGGCAGGUGAGGCAGGUACAGCAGGUGCAGCAGGUGCGGCAGGCUUGGAGAGCCUUGACACAUGCCACAAGUGUCACGCUGUGUCAAGUUUACCAAGACAAAGACCUGGCCGGAGUGCCAGAGUGCCAGAGUGCCAGAGACCACACAAACUCUAACUUAUCUGCCAUAACCCUCGACCCUGGCACUCCGGAGGCCACCACAGUGCCAAUUAUCCCGAGGUAUGAUACCUACAGUGCCUAG